GAGCGGGGCGGGCGGAGGAGGGAGCGGUGGCGGCGGCGGCGGCGGCGGCGGCGGCGGCGGCAUUGUGCGCGCACCAGCAGCCCGGCCCGGGAGGAGCAGGACGCGCCGGGGCCGCCUCCUCCCGCACGGACCCAUGAACCAGCCGGGCGGCGCGGCGGCUCCGCAGGCUGACGGAGCCAGUGCAGCUGGAAGGAAAAGCACCGCGAGCAGGGAGCGCUUGAAGCGCAGCCAGAAGAGCACCAAGGUGGAGGGCCCAGAGCCAGCGCCAGCCGAGGCCUCGCUGAGUGCCGAGCAGGGAACGAUGACGGAGGUGAAGGUGAAGACGGAGCUGCCGGACGACUACAUCCAGGAGGUGAUCUGGCAGGGCGAGGCCAAGGAGGAGAAGAAGGCGGUCGGCAAGGAUGGGACCAGCGACGUGCCUGCCGAGAUCUGCGUGGUGAUCGGCGGUGUCCGCAACCAGCAGACCCUUGAUGGAAAAGCGCCCGAAGGCAGCCCCCACGGUGGAUCUGUGCGAAGCCGGUAUUCAGGGACCUGGAUUUUUGACCAAGCAUUGAGAUAUGCAUCUGGGUCUUACGAAUGUGGAAUCUGUGGCAAGAAGUACAAAUAUUACAACUGCUUCCAGACCCACGUGCGGGCACACCGAGACACCGAAGCCACCUCAGGGGAGGGAGCCUCCCAAAGCAACAAUUUCAGGUACACAUGUGACAUCUGCGGGAAGAAGUACAAAUACUACAGCUGUUUCCAGGAGCACCGAGACCUACAUGCAGUGGACGUGUUUAGUGUGGAAGGGGCCCCUGAGAACCGGGCAGACCCCUUCGACCAAGGUGUCGUGGCCAGUGACGAGGUGAAGGAGGAGCCCCCGGAACCAUUCCAGAAAAUCGGGCCAAUGAACAAUAUUACAUCAGACAUUUUUAAGAAGAAAGAAGUUAGGCAGUGCCAAAAGAGAGAAACUGGCAAUUACACCUGUGAAUUCUGUGGGAAACAGUACAAGUACUAUACUCCCUACCAGGAGCAUGUGGCCUUACAUGCCCCCAUCAGUACUGCCCCCGGGUGGGAGCCGCCGGACGAUCCAGACACGGGCUCUGAGUGUUCACAUCCAGAGGUCUCCCCGUCUCCACGCUUCGUGGCAGCGAAGACCCAGACGAACCAGUCGGGAAAAAAAGCGCCGGCUUCCGUGGUCCGAUGUGCCACCCUCUUACACCGCACCCCUCCAGCCACCCAAACCCAGACGUUCCGCACUCCAAAUUCGGGAUCUCCAGCGAGCAAGGCGACCGCAGCAGAAAGCGCUUUCAGUCGGAGAGUAGAAGGCAAAGCACAAAACCACUUUGAAGAGACGAACAGCAGUUCGCAGAACUCCAGUGAAACUGCAAGUCCCCUGAUUUCCAACCCUUUCCCUCUCCUACAGAAACCCUAUACCUGUGGCGCCUGUGGGAUCCAGUUUCAGUUCUACAACAACCUGUUGGAACACAUGCAAUCCCAUGCAGCUGACAAUGAAAACAACAUUGCCUCCAACCAGUCCCGAUCACCACCUGCUGUUGUAGAAGAGAAGUGGAAACCUCAGUCCCAGAGGAACAGCGCCAAUAACACCACCACCAGUGGUUUAACACCCAACAGCAUGAUCCCCGAGAAGGAGCGGCAGAACAUCGCAGAGCGGCUGUUGAGGGUCAUGUGUGCCGACCUGGGUGCACUCAGCGUGGUCAGUGGGAAGGAGUUCCUGAAGUUGGCCCAGACCUUAGUAGACAGUGGUGCCCGCUAUGGGGCCUUCUCAGUCACUGAAAUCCUGGGCAACUUCAACACACUGGCGCUGAAGCACCUGCCACGGAUGUACAACCAGGUGAAGGUGAAAGUGACCUGUGCCCUGGGUAGCAAUGCCUGCCUAGGCAUUGGUGUCACCUGCCAUUCCCAGAGUGUCGGCCCUGACUCCUGCUACAUCCUCACAGCCUACCAGGCCGAGGGCAACCAUAUCAAGAGCUACGUGCUGGGUGUGAAGGGUGCGGACAUUCGCGACAGUGGCGACCUCGUGCACCACUGGGUGCAGAACGUGCUUUCGGAGUUCGUGAUGUCGGAGAUCAGGACAGUGUACGUGACGGAUUGCCGGGUGAGCACGUCCGCCUUCUCCAAGGCCGGCAUGUGCCUUCGCUGCUCAGCCUGUGCCUUGAACUCGGUGGUGCAGAGUGUGCUGAGCAAGCGGACGCUGCAGGCCCGCAGCAUGCACGAGGUCAUCGAGCUGCUCAACGUGUGCGAGGACCUGGCGGGCUCCACGGGCCUGGCCAAGGAGACCUUCGGGUCGCUGGAGGAGACGUCGCCACCACCCUGCUGGAACUCAGUGACGGACUCACUGUUGCUGGUGCAUGAGCGCUAUGAGCAGAUCUGCGAGUUCUACAGCCGGGCCAAGAAGAUGAACCUCAUCCAGAGCCUCAACAAGCACCUGCUCAGCAACCUAGCGGCCAUCCUGACGCCGGUGAAGCAGGCAGUCAUCGAGCUGAGCAACGAGAGCCAACCCACCCUGCAGCUGGUGCUGCCCACCUACGUCAGGCUGGAGAAGCUGUUCACGGCCAAGGCCAAUGACGCAGGCACCGUGAGCAAGCUCUGCCACCUCUUCCUGGAGGCGCUUAAGGAGAACUUCAAGGUGCACCCGGCCCACAAGGUGGCCAUGAUCCUGGACCCGCAGCAGAAGCUGCGGCCCGUGCCGCCCUACCAGCAUGAGGAGAUCAUUGGCAAGGUCUGCGAGCUCAUCAAUGAGGUGAAGGAGUCCUGGGCUGAGGAGGCCGACUUCGAGCCUGCCGCCAAGAAGCCCCGCUCUGCUGCGGGCGAGAACCCCGCAGCUCAGGAAGAUGAUCGGCUGGGCAAAAAUGAAGUGUAUGAUUACCUGCAGGAGCCCCUCUUCCAGGCUACCCCUGAUCUCUUCCAGUACUGGUCAUGCGUUACCCAAAAGCACACAAAACUCGCCAAGCUCGCCUUCUGGCUCCUGGCAGUUCCGGCUGUGGGCGCCAGAAGCGGGUGUGUAAAUAUGUGUGAACAAGCGCUUCUAAUCAAACGGAGGCGGCUGCUCAGUCCAGAAGAUAUGAAUAAACUCAUGUUUCUGAAAUCCAACAUGCUUUAAGACUUGACUUCGGGGAAAAAAAGAAGAUAACAUUAGGAAAAAAACCACACAACACUGUCACAAACAAGGAAUUUAAGUUCUAAACACUGUGGACCUCAUUAUAAAUGCCCCCAGGAAACUUAAGUGCUCUUUUCCGUGUGUGUGUGUGUGCGCGCGUGUGCGUGUGUGUACACAGCCACAGGUGUGUGCAUGUGUUUGAAUACAUGUGCUGUGGUUGUGAGGGUGUGAGGGUCUCUGUGCUCCUCUGCAGGGCCAGAGAAACUUCACACACACAUGCACACGCGCACACACACACACACACACACCACCCUGGUGCAUGUACACACCUGUUCUUGGACAGGUGUGCAUUGAACUGGGCGUGUCAGGAAAGCUGAGCAAUUGGGAAAGAGGGAGAUGUUUCACCUCCUUUUCUCAGUAUGGGGGCUUUAGAAGACUCUGUUUCAGGUGUGCAGAUUGGUAGAAAGCUGAUGUUGUGAAAUGUUCAGGCAGCUGAGAUCUGAAGUGACUUGACACUCUCUGUCCUUCACCCUGGUCCCCCUUGUCCCUCCUUAACCCACCCCCAGCCCUCCCACCCUCCUGAUCCCAUUGUGCACCCCCCGCCCCCUCGGCUGCUCUGCUGUGGACUCUUCCCGCUGCAUCAGAUGGAUGGUUUCUGCACUGGACUUUGCUUCUCGUUCACCUUCAGGGCAUUGAGCUGCUGCCUUCGUGAUACCCCUUGGGUGUCCCAGGGCAGCCGCCUUAGAAACACACCUAUCUAUCUCCCCAAAUCAGGAAAGGAGACUUUAAGAGUAUAAAGCUGACAUUUUGCUUUUUAAUAUAAGAGAGGAGAAAAAGACAUUUUUCAGAGAAGUAUAGAUACUGUCUCCACUCCCUAAUAAUUUCUCUCCCUAACAUUUUAGCAGUUUUUACCUUCUUUGGGGGUUGAUUUUGUUUCUUCAAAUUUGAUUUAGACUCUGCUAGGAGGCACUGAAUGUCUAUAACUUAUGUUUUGGAGUUUGGUUUUUCUGCUUGCCCCUUUCCUUCCUCAAGUCACACUGUAAACUAGCUCAUCUCAGUGGUAUACUCAGUGUCCUACGGUCUUUCUUGGCCUUCCCUGUACAGUUUGGUUUUCACGUAUUUGAACAGCCAGAGCCAGGUUCUUGGUUGUGCUAUUUGGAGACCAGGGGUUGGGGAGGAGUCGCGGGUUCCACAGCUGUGGGGUUUGGUGGCCGUAGGGGAAGCAGUGGUUCAGGAGUUCUGAAUGUAAACACCAGAGCUGCCCUCUUGGUCCGCCGUGCGUGGUACCCAGUGUGUGUCAGUACUCAUCACUUCCCCAACCCUGGCGGUCCACCGGGACUCCAAAGUUGAUCCAUAGUCACGUCCACCCUCCCCACCCCCAGACCUGCCACAGCCCUCGGGGUCCCCACUCACACCUCUGAAUUCCUUCCAGGACGGCAGUGAGCAUGGUGCCUUGUGGCCCAUACGGUUGAUGUUCCGAGGGUGGGAUGGCGUUCAGCCACAUUCGACCCGAUGCUGUGAAAGAUGUCUUCAGGCUUUUCUCUCCUGUUCCCCCAGCCGUGAGUAAAUUAGGUUCUACACAUACAGUUCAGAUGCCAAGGGUGACACCCCAUUCUCUUCACAAGAGGUGGUUCUGUCACAGAUCACCCCCACUGCACCUCUCAGUGAAUAAAGUGCUGGUGGUCACACUCCCCCGGUGACCCUUAGCAUGGGAUGGGGUGGUUACACUAGGGCUUCAGGCUGAGAAUGGCCAUCAUGGCGGGAGGCUGUUCGCAAAGGCACCUUCUAUCACCCUGGGGUUGGCGAGGUCCACUCCACCCCUUCCCAGUAAUAAAGCAUUACUCAACUGUGAGAUACCUCGACUACAGAAAGCACUGUACCACAGCCCUCUCCCCCCGGGUCCGUGACGGGAGCAGGGAGGAAAGUUGAUUGCAAACCUCAAGAAGGCUUAGGACCAUGGACCUGGAACAGUGAUGUUUGGAAGCCAAGCCUGCACACUUCGCCUCAUGAGAACUCACCCGCUCUCCCCUUGAGUCUUGGACACACUGAAAUGGAUCAGAGUGGACCAUUUCCACGUUUGCUCCAGCAAGCCGUGGUCUCAGGAACUACCGUGCCAUUUCCUCUCCUGGAGAAGUUCUAGAUGUUUCUUCCACAACAUUUCCACCUGGGGGGCCGGGCCCACCAUCGGAGAAGAGCCUCCGUCCACCCUGGAGCAGGAAGGGAGAGAAAUACAGACAGGAACCUCAUGUCACUCCCUAGGGAGUAUGGAAAGAAACGUCAAUAGACUUCUCAGUUGGGCCUUUGGAGGCAUUCUGGAAGGUGACCUCAGUGUCACUGAUCAUUGGCAGAUGCCUACAGCAAAAGGUCCCUCUAGCCUUGCAUGGCUGCUGGGGAAGGGACCAUGACCUAGUACUUUGAGAGCAGAGCCUUGGAACCCAUACUCCCUCUACUUGGAGCAAAGUUGUGCUGGUGGUGCCCCAUUAUUGGGCCAGUUGAUUAGAAAAUAGGCAUUUCACUUUCUUGCAAAGCCAUCAGACUAGGCCCAGUGUGCAUUUAGAGCACUCAGCUUUCUUCUCUUUGAAUCAUGGGAUGUCUGCCCUCCAGGAAGAGAAUCGAUCACAGAUUGUACCUCCCUUUCCGUUCUUUUCCACCUCAAUUCAAUACUUAGGGGUUGGCUUGCCUCUGCAAGUUUGCAGUGAAUGCCACUAGGUACUCAGAAAGCUGUCCUCUGGGGCUGCCUUAUCUAGUUAGAUAACAAGGCAGCAGAUGAUCAUUUCUCUCUUGCAACCUCUGGUUCCCUCCAGAAACUGGUGUCACCAACAGGAAAGGCUGUACCAAGGUGCCCUCUCAGUCUGCCUUCUCAGGCUGUUCUCAGAGUGCAAAUCCUGCUGCAACUAACAGCUUCAUAAAACCCAAAGAUCUCACAGGCCCUGCCACUGGCUCAUUUGUCUCCAGCAAUAUCCACCUCACCUAAUUCUAGUUCAGCCAAAGGAUCGAGACAGGCUCUUCCAGUUCAUCUCCCGGUGUCCAGCCUGACCUUCACUUCUGGAAGGAUUUUGUCAUCUGCUUCCCUGUUCGGGGACCACUGUAGGCCUUUCCAUCACAGGCCUUUGGGGGUACUGGGACCAGGAAGUUGGGCCAUUUCUACCAUGUUCUCAGCAGCCCAAGGUGGUGGCAUGCUGAGGUGGAUACAACUCGCCUUGAGCCUUGUCCCCAGGACAGAAAUGGCCUUUGUUUUGACAUACAUGGACCCAAGAGGGGAGGUGGAGGAAAGACAAACACACCUCCACUGGGCAAGUUUUUCCUCCUCGUCAGAGGUCAGUUUGCAUCGCCAACAAAGCCCAAGCUAAGGACCACAACAUGGUGGGUGGUUCCUCGGAGUGGACUCACCCAAGGAAUCUCAGGUCCACCAGGAGCAGUGGUGCCAUCAGGCCCCGGGUGGAUGCCCUUGUUCUGGCACAGUUCUCCACUUCUCGAUGCCUGGCUCAGCCAGCCACGCCUCCCUCUAAUGGCAUUUAGUAACCAGGAAGCAAAACGGAUGCCACCUGGGUGAAAUUGCCUGCACUUCGUCUCCGGGGGUUCGCUGCACAGAGGCCACGUGCUACAUCACCUGUGAGCAAGCUUCGCCACCAUCCUGCUUGGCAGUGUCACACUUGACAUCUGGGGAUUGGUUUUUGGCUGAAAAAGGGUACCAGGGUUUCCUGGCAAGGACAGUAGGGCAGUGCAGUGACACAGAUGAGAAGCUGUAAGUCUCCAGGAUUUGAGGAAGCCAUCAGGUGUGUAGGCUGGCAAGAGUCUUCUCUUUCUGUCUGACCCUUUAUCUCCUGCACUUUCAAAGAAACACCAGAGAAAAAUUCUAUAAGGCGUGUUUCCACUUUGAAGCUUAACCUCUGCCUUUAGGAGUCUAUUUUUGAGCAAGGCCAGCUCUUCCCCUUGAACUUGAGCUGGACUCCUUGAAGAGUGGGCACCUGGAGAGAUGUCAGGGACACAGCUCAUGCUCUCUGGGGGGCCUCAGGGUCGUCGAAAAGCUUUGAAAUGAAGAUGAGAAGUGGCUGGAGCAGGCUGUGGGAUGGCUCCAUUGGGGACACCCCUCAUCUUGUCAUCACAAUGGAUGUGCUGGAAGAGGAGGCUUCCCAGCGAGCCGCCCCAAGUCCAUAGCUUUGCCCUCGCCUUGAGAACAGUGGCAAUGCCUCCAUCUCUGGGAUGCAUCUUAAGGAGGGCUCCUAACAAGGCCUGUGAUUUAGACAGAACCAAGAGACUAAGUAAGGUCCAGCCAUCCCCUGGAACCAGUAGGUGGGAGCUCCUGUCCUCGCCAGUCCUGCUGCAGCCCCCGUGUCCAGCUGGGCCAGUGGGAGAACUGGGUAGGAGGCUGCCCCCUCUUCACUGUGGCUAAUGUUUGCUAGGCCAGUUAUGGUGAACCAAUGAUACAGCGUUUUCCCUCUUAGGUUUCCCUCCUAGUUUCGCCUUUUCAGGGUUUCCUGGGGGAUUUUGUCGUGGUAGUUGUUUUUCUUCCUCUCUCUUUUGGGUUUGAGGAUUGUGGUAGGGGGAGCCCUGGCUUUUGCCAAAAGAGCCCAGUGGUUUCUAUGGAAGAGGCGCCCAAUCCCACUUUAACGAGGGUGAAGAUUGUCAGGUCACUGUUUGACAUAUUCAUGCCCCCUAACCCCCACCACCACGGUGUCGCUUUAAAGAGUCAGUUCUUGUACAGAGAAGGAUUUGCUAGGUUUGCAGUUGGGCAUUAGCAUCACCACUCGCGAGGGCCGCGCCCAACCAUGCAUCCUGUGGGGCACCUUGACUCUUCAAACCAAAAUUCCUUAAAGGGCACAGCCCAGCCUUGUCCGCAACCUCAGGGGCCUGGGAUUCCUGUGGCACUUCCUGAAUUCCAGGUUGGCACAGAUGAUGAGGUCUGAGACCAGCCAGAAGGAGGGGCUCCUCCCACAACCCAGGUGCCAGCCGGUCUCCGCCUAGGACCUUCCCUCCCACUCAGCCGGGGUGGGCGGCAUCCCAUGUGGUGAAACGAGCUCGUGGACUGACCCAGGCUGGGCCUUGCCAGCCAGGAGAGAGCGAGGGCCGCACGGGGGGCUGGCCCAGGCAGCUCGUCCAGGGCCAUUGAGAUCCCAAGCAUCAGGAAAUCAUUUUGUACAACCACCCGAAGCAGAGAUAUUUUUUAAAAAGCGUAAAUUAUUUUCAGUUGUUUUCUGAUCCUGCCUUUUUCUUUGCCUCACCACUUCACAUUAGUGAUUUGUUCACAUCAGGUAAAUCUUGAGAAAGCCUUGGUGCCCUCCUCCCCACCCCAACUCUAACCAUGUGUGUCCAUCACCCCCAUCCUUUCUCAGUAGUUAAGACGUUCUAGGCAAUACCAUAGACACAUCUGACUGUGUCUCUCUCUUCGAGUGCAAGAAACUCAAGUCAUCUUAAAAAAAAAAAUACAAAAAAAAUUUACAAAAAAACAAACACAAAAAAAAUAUCUUUUUUAGGCCAGAGUUUUCUACAGGUAUUAAUGAAUAUUUUUCUUAAUCCUUAUAAGUUUUAUGUGUUUAAUAUUUCUUAAUACCGGUAGCAUUAAUUUAUACUUUUGUAGCAACACAAUAUUUUUAUAAACAGCCGGUGCUUGGCUCAAGUCUUCACGAGGGGUUUAUGCAGGGCCAUCUUGGGGACCCUGUGUACCAUGUACUGUAUUUAAAAAAAAAAAGUUACCUAGUGUCACACUUGCUGUGUUAAUUAACAAAAGACGUUGUGUGCAGUCUCCUGUAUCGGUGUGGAUCCAGCAGCUCUCCAAGGAGUCAUAUUGCAUGGGGUUGAGUUGACGGUUCUUCUUGUGAUAUGUAAACCCCCGAGACCAAACUGGAGGGUUUAUUUAGGGUUUUCUGUUUGUCUUUUGGGUUUUUGUUUCACUUUGUUUUGGUACCGUUUCUCCAUUUACAGCCAAAUCAGUUUCAUGAUGUUCAAAACUUUUGCUGAUGUCAAAUGGAGGAAAGGAACAGAAAAAAAAAGAUUUUUACAAAGUAAUAAAAUUUAAAACUGAGCUGUUUAAUGUUGCUGUUUUUACCUGUCUGUUCUUGUCCAAAAGUGGAACAUUCCCAGGGAGAAGAGGAAGCUUCCACUCGGUUCCUUAAGUCGCCAAAAGCCCCAGCCCAGGAUUCAGUACCUCCCUUGCCCCCUGAAUUCCUGCAGCACUAUUUCCCAGUUGGUUGAUGCCAAGGCAAAAAGAUACCUUUUAACGGUUAGAGAGGAUCAGUUGCUUAAAUGAUUUCAUGUCAGUGUUGUAUUUAUGGUUUUACAAUAAAACAACCUUUAGGAAGA